AUGCAAGAAGGAACAUUCGACGAAAAAUUCUCUCAUUCCAUUUUGUUGGAAUCUCUGAAGGAAGCUCUUAAGCAGAUGAUAGAUGAGUUCUAUGUAGAAAAGGAGAUCGGACUUAAAAUCUAUAAAGAAGCGUGUAUGAAUGUGAAAAAAGAAAUACAAGAAAAUUCGGCUCAGCUUUCGGAUGUGCAUUUGAGUGGGAAGAUGAAAAGCUAUUACUGCAGAAAUGAUGUUUGGACCUUUUUUUUCAAGAAUCCUCUUUUUAAAAUUAUAAAAAAUAAAAAAACAAAAAAUACUUCAAAAGAUUAUAAAAAUUAUCAACCAUUAAAUUUAAAAGUUUAUAAAAAUUUUUAUGAUAAAAGAGAUGAGUUUUUAAAACAUAGCAUAGACAAUGAUAACGUGAAAAUUUUUAAAAAUUUUGGAAAGUUAUAUUCAAAAAUUGUACAUAAGGAAGAUAGUGAAAUUGACACAGACGAUGUUUUUCUAUAUUAUGGUGGUUUAAUAAAAAUAUUAUGUGUUGAGUAUUAA